AUGCUUCGGAGCGGCAUCCCAGCCAGCAACAUCAUCCUGAUGAUGCAGGACGACGUGGCACAUUCCGAGGAGAACAAGUUCCCAGGCAGGCUGUACAACCGCCCUGGCUCCGACACCCCCGACGUCUACGCGGACUGCAGGCCAGACUACAAGGGCAAUGUCGUGACAGCAAAGCUCUUCCUCGACGUCAUCACGGGCAAAGAGUCUGCUGACCAUGCUUCGAAGGUGCUCAAGAGCGGCCCCAACGAUCAUGUGUUCAUCAAUUUCAUCGACCAUGGUGGACCUGGCAGCAUCGCCUUCCCUAACGGGCCGCUGCUCCACAAGACGCAGCUUGCAGCCGCGCUUAACACGAUGAAAGAGGGGAACAUGUUCAAGGAGCUGGUGUUCUACAUGGAGGCUUGCGAAAGUGGUUCCAUGUUCAUUGGCGAUGUGCUGCCCGCUGGCAGCAGCAUGUACGCUGUGACCGCUGCAAAUGCCAAGGAGUCCUCCUGGGGCUACUACUGCCACCCCGACGACAGGGUCAUGGGACAAUCCAUGGGAACCUGCCUGGGAGACCUGUUCUCGAUCGCGUGGAUGGAGGACUCGGACAAGGGCUCCUUCGCGGCCGAGACGAUCGGGGCGCAGGUGAAGCUGGUGACGAAACGCACCAACAAGAGCCACGUGACGCAGUUUGGCGAGAAGUCUAUCGCGGACGAGGCGAUCGGCAAGUUCGAGGUCGGCUCGGGCGUCGGUGCCACGGACCAGAGCCGGGAGCGGGCCGGCUCGGCCGUCGAUGUGCGGGACAUCCCGAAGCACCUCGCCUACGUGAAGUGGCAGGCGCAGACCGACGAUGCCUCGAAGGCCGCGGCGUGGCGCGAGUACAAGGACGUCCUCGAGGCCCGCGAGGCGGACGAGCUCGUCUUCUCGGGCAUCGCCGCGGCGGCCUGCGGGAGUGACGAGGCUUGCGCGCAGGUUGCCGGGUCCUCCAAGCGCGACAUCGUGGACGGAGAAUGCCACAAGGGCCUCGUGGACGCCGUCUACGAGUCCUGCCCCUGCCGCCGGCCAGACCACGACUCUGGAGGCUGGAACGCGUUCAACAUGCAGUUCUCGCAGGUCCUGGUGAACCUGUGCGAGAUGAAGGGCGAGCUUGGCCGCAGCGCGGCAGAGCUCGAGGACAUCGUGCGGGCGCAGUGCCAGGGCUCCGCCAGCAGCGGCCCCUCCACCAUCGUGGUGUGA